AUGGUGAAAGACAAGAAGAACAAGAGCGAAGGUAAAAAAGCUAAGAUAGCAGAGAAGAAAAAGAAACAAGAAAAGAAAGGGGAGAAGAAAGAGAAAACCAAGAAAGGAAAGGAUAUUGGUAGUGAUGUCGAAGAAGACGUCGACCUUGAUGCUGUCUUAGCAGAGUAUGCCAAGAAGCAAGAACAAUUUCUGAAGGUCACAGAAACUCCUUGCGAUCCUCCAAGAGCUCGAGCUUCUUCUACCUUGAUUGCAUCACCUGCGACUGAUAAUGAGUUGUUCUUAUUUGGAGGGGAAUUCUUCAACGGUGCUCUGGCCACGUUCUUCAAUGAUCUUUACGUCUAUUUCAUCAAUCGGGACGAAUGGCGUUUGAUCACAUCGCCCAACAGUCCUCUGCCAAGGUCAGGACAUGCGUGGUGUAGGGGAAAUACAGGCAUUUACCUUUUUGGCGGCGAGUUCAGUUCCCCAAAGCAGGGUACUUUUUACCAUUACAACGACUUCUGGCGUUUUGAACCAUCAAGUAGAGAGUGGACAAGGAUCGAGACCAAAGGAAAAGGGCCAUCAGCUAGAUCAGGCCAUCGUAUGACAUACUACAAGAAUUAUAUUCUGCUUUUUGGUGGCUUUCAAGAUACCUCUCAGCAAACCAAAUACCUAGCGGACUUAUGGGUAUACGACACUCAGAAUUUCAUUUGGCACAAUCCGGCGCUUCCACUAGCUACCCAGAAGCCUGAUGCUCGAUCAUCAUUCACCUUCCUACCUCACGAAGCAGGAGCAGUUCUAUAUGGAGGCUAUUCCCGCGUCAAGGCGACAGUGACAGGCAAGCAAACUAAAGGAGGCGGACAAGCACAGCGUAAUGUCCUCAAACCACUUGUUCACCAGGACUGCUUCUUCCUCCGAGUUAUUCCUCCUGCAGCAGAUGCCUCUUCCACUUCACCACCAACAGUACGCUGGGAACGCAGAAAGAAGCCUGUCAACGCACCCAAUCCACCACGUGCAGGAGCGACUAUGGCGUACCACAAGGGACGCGGGAUAGUAUUUGGCGGUGUUCAUGAUGUGGAGGAAAGCGAAGAGGGCAUUGACAGCGAGUUUUUCAAUACCUUAUUUGUAUGGAAUGUUGAGCGGAAUAGAUAUUUCCCACUUACCUUGAGAAAACCACGAACUAGUCAAAAGAAGGCCCAAGGAGAUGCCAGAGGUGGUCGUCGUGGACGAGGACAAGCUAAUGAAGAAGAACUUUUGAGAAAUCUCGCAGCAUUGUCAGCUGGCAAGUCGCUGUCUGAAGAUGCCAUGGAUAUCGAAAUUCUCAAGGAGGAUCCGAACGCAGAAGAAAAGUUGCUGCCGGUCAAGGAAAUGCUCAUGGAAUUCCCGCACCCGAGAUUCAAUGCUCAAUUGACAGUCCAAGACGACGUUCUGUACAUUUAUGGCGGCACAUUCGAGAAGGGGGACCGGGAAUUUACUUUCGACGAAAUGUAUGCUAUCGAUCUUGGGAAGCUGGACGGCAUGAAAGAGAUCUUCCGCAGAGAGCCUGAGAACUGGCUUGGAAGUGACGACGAGGAGAGCGAAGACGAAGAAGGUAGCGAUGAAGAUGACGAGGACGAUGAGGAGGAUGAAGAGGGCGAUAUCAAGAUGACAGACGAGAAGCCAUUGUUCACCGAGAGUGCCAGAAAGUCGAAGCGGAAAGAGAAGGUCGCUGCUGGAGAAGAAGAAAACACCGCUGAAUCACCCCAAACCCCUGCGAUAUUCGAUGAUACUCCAGAUGAUGUUACCACUACUACCUCGAUUGACGAUAAUUUACCUCAUCCUCGGCCAUUUGAGUCUAGAAGGGACUUCUUCCAGCGGACUGGCGAUGAUUGGCAAAUGGUCCUCAUGACAAAUCUAAGAUGGAAGGGGAUCCAGCCGGAGUGUCUGUCAGUGAAGGAAAUCAAGACCAAGGCUUUUGAAAUGAGCGAAGAAAAAUGGUGGGAUUGUCGUGAGGAAAUCACAGCUCUCGAGGAUGAACAAGAGGCUGCUGGUAUUGGAGAGGUUGUAGCUUUGGCUGAUAGAGAGGGAACUGGUGGUGCUGGCCGAAGAAGAUAG